AAACAAACAAACAAUCCUGACUGCUUCUUCCAGGCUUGUUGCUGCUGCUGAAGCUAAAGAUGGCGGAAGACGAGAAGAGCUGUGAGCCUGUGAAAGAGACAAACGAGCUGCAAAUGAUGAAGGAGCUCGUGGAUGAACUGUAUAAUUUUAGAGAUUGCUAUUUUGAGACUCACAGUGUUGAGGAAGCUGGGAAGAAACAAAGCGAUGUCGCACAGGAAAUGGAAAAGACACUUAAGAAGCUGGAGGAGAAAGAGGAUCAUUUCAAACACAAAACAGAGUUUCUGCUGCAGAAGGGCAGGUGUCUGAACGUAGCUCCUGACUUCAGUGCCGUAGCACAAGAGUGCCUUUCCCGCGCUGUGAAGCUGGAGCCCGGCCUGGUCGAGGGCUGGAACACGCUGGGGGAGCAGUACUGGAAAAAAGGAGACCUGAUCGGUGCCAAGAACUGCUUCACCGGAGCCUUGCAACAGAGCAAGAACAAGGUGUCUCUACGCAACCUGUCCAUGGUGCUGAGACAGCUGCCGUCGGCGGACAGCGACGCACACAGCAAGCAGGUGAUGGAGAGCGUGGACAUGGCCCGACAAGCCGUCCAGCUGGAUGUCACGGACGGGACGUCCUGGUACAUCCUGGGAAAUGCCAACGUGUCCUUGUUUUUCACCUGCGGACAGAAUCCACAGUUGUCUCAACAAGCUCUAAGUGCCUAUGGACAGUCUGAGAAAGUGGACAGAGCUGCCUCUUCUUACCCGGAGCUGCAUUUCAACCGAGCCACUCUGUUCCAGUACGAGGAGAUGUUUGGGUCCGCGCUCGGCGGCUAUAGCCGAGCCGCGGCGCUGGACCCAGGCGGGGAGGAGCCUCCGGAGAGAGAGAAGCAGCUGCUGGCUUAUCUGAAGAAAGUCACAGAACUCAUACAGAACAAGGGGAAGGUGAAGGCGCGCCGUUUAAGGACGAUGCUCUCUAAUCUCAACACGUCUGCAUUGGGUCCCUGCUCCUCCCCUCAGUUCCGUUCCCCGACGGGCCGCGUCGGCAGCCUGGAGCCUCGAACUCUCUCCUCCCUCACGCACGGUCAUAACGCCGGGGUGGCUGCCCUGGGCAAGGUGGUGUUCAGCCUGGCCUCUGAGGGUCACAUGGCCUUUACGUUUGGCAUGGUCGACAGCGAGGAGUCAUGUAUAGUGGUGAUGGUGUACAACACAGCGGACAGCUGGGGCGUCCUGAUAGGAGACACUGUAGUCAUUCCUGAACCGCAGCUCAAACGAAACAGCAUAACACAUAAAGACGAGUCGUUUGACUUCAGAAGUAUACGAGUGGACUCUCCUCUGCGCCUCAUCGUCAACGGCAAGAAACAAAACGUCCAAAGUCAGAUCGCUGCCUCUGUCAGCUACAAGCCGAAGAGCGAAUGAGCUGAAGAGGAAAUGCAGCAGGGGGGACCAAUUCUCUUGUGGAUUUUGAAGAAGAGUGCGGAUAAUUUGAAGCUUCCAAAUUUUGUGCCUGUUUCAUUUGUUGUUUUGUAAAUAGUUGUCAGCCUUUUUCUUUGUCUUUAGAUGGACAGUUUGUUUAUAUUUAUAAAUUUUUUGUUUUUGUAUUUUGUUGUUGAGACAAGUUCUUUUUUUUGUAUAUCAAUGAACCUCAGAAUUGUGACCUAAGUUUACCCUGAACAAAAAUCCCUCUAUCUUAAACAUAUUGUUUGUGUGGUGUCUUAACACAGCAGUUUUCAAAUUGGGGUCAUCAGGGGUCCCCAAAAAUGUUGUUUAAAAUCUACUAUUUAAUUAAUUUAAAGGAAUAUUUCACCCACAAAAUGACUAUUUGUAUAUCUAUUACUCACCACGUGUCACCUGAGCAUACGACUGGAUAAACAAGACUUGGAUUAUACUGCACGAGAACUGCGAGAGUUUGUAAAACGGAGUUUUUAGAUUUGCUGUUGUUAAGCAUGGACACCAUUUACUUCAAUUCCUCAAGAAUUUACUACAUUUUUUAAUUCUCCGUUCAUCGUGGAGUCAUGUGAGAGAAACAACGUUUUCUUCAAGAAUUCACGCUUUGAGUAAUUAAUAUGUAAAUGGUAAUUUUGUUGGUGAAGUAUCACUUUGAAAGGCAUUUUUCACAGCAGACAUUUUGACUCGUCAUAGUAAGAAAAGUGCAAGGGUUACUAGUAACAUUAGCGAUGGCUCUGCUCUAUUCAAGUGUCCCUGUGAGUGACAGUGAGCCAGCGUGCACGAUACCAGGACCCUGAAGCUGAAGCAGCUAAAUGGAUCAUUUCAUCAUUUACACCGGUGUUUUUCCAGCUGUGACAUUUCAAACAUGUCUUCUGUGAAAAACGCCCGUUGAUCAGAGGUUUCGCUACAAUCUCUAUCUGGUAUCACUCAUCAAAUCUACAAAAGAAACAUAUUCUUGUGGUCUGGGUUGGCCUGUUUACCAGCUGCUUCGGUUGUUUGUUAUGCAGGGUGAAACCUUACACUUCCAAUCAACAACCAACCAGUUACUCGGGUUUAACCCAGAU